CACACGCCGAAGCGAACAAGGAAACGAAGCGACACAAAACGAAACCAAUCGAGAUGGCAGCAAAGGCGACGACCGCGCGCAAGAGGCGAUCCACCGGGCGUUUCGCCGUCGGUUUGCUCCUCCUCCUUUUGCUGCUCCUGGUUCCCGGGGAGACGGCGGCGGCCUCCCGGAGGGCCUCGGGCACCAAGAAGAAGAGCCACGACAAGAAACAAUUCGCGUCCGACAACUACUACACAGUCCUCGGCCUGACCAAAAAAGCCAAGGAAAAGGAAAUCAAGUCCGCCUACCGAAAGCUCGCUCUCCGGUUCCACCCCGACAAGGUCAAGGACGGCGAGGACCCGGAAGAGGCGGAGGACAUAUUCGUCCGGGUCAGCGAGGCGUACUCGGUGCUGAGCGACAAGGAAAAACGAAAGAUCUACGACCGCUACGGGAAGAACGGACUGGAUGCCUACGAGAAGGGACAGGAUCCCGCGUCGGCCGGCUUUGGCGGAUUCGGCGGUAGUGGCGGCGGCGGCGGCGGAUUCAACGGAUUUGGCGGAUUCGGCCAGCAGGGGGGAGGCUUUCGCCAAUCGAGCGGCGGUGGCUUUGGUGGCGGAUUCGGUGGCUUUUCCGGCGGCUUUGGCAGGGGCGGGAACCACGGGGGGGGAGGAUUCGAUCCCUUUUCGAUGUUCGAAGAAAUGUUCUCGGGCCAGGCGGGAGGGGGAGGAGGAUUCGGUGGAGGCUUCGGAGGAGGCCGGCGGGGGGGAAAGGGAAACCGGGAUCGGCCACCCGCUCUCUUCCCCAAGGGCCAGAGCCACGUGGCCCGGCUGGGGUCGCCAAAGUUUCCGGACCAGGACAGCAAGCACAUGUGGAUGGUCCUGUUCUACGCCAACAGCAACCAGGCGUCGCGGGCGGUGAGCGAAAAGUACGAGCACCUGGCCUCCCAGACCAACCUCCCCUACAAGGUGGGGGCCGUCGAUUGCAAGCUAUCGCCGAAGGAGGAGAAGUUUUGCGCCGAAAAGGGAAUCGAACCCGGCCACGACCUGCCAAGCUUUGGCAUGGUCGUCGACGGAGAGCUCCUCCGCUACGAGGACUUCGACUCCCGGUCGCCCCCCUCCUCAAAGGCCCUGCACGAGUUCUGCAUGGACCACAUGCCGAAACGAUACGUCCGGAACAUCAACAACGUGCCACAGAUCAAAGAACGGUUGCUGGCACCGGAGGAAGAGGAAACCGCCAGCAGUUCGUGGUUCCAGUAUUCGUCGUCGUCGAAACCAAAGGCAAAGCCACCGAGGCUUCCCGCAGUCCUCCUGCUCACCGACAAGUACGAAACCUCGUCCAUGUUUUACGGCCUCGCCUACUAUUUCCGAAGAGACUUUGUCUUUGGGGAGUCCCGUGCCAAAAACCUCAAGCUGUCGCAGACCUUUCAGGUGAAGAAAUACCCGACCCUCGUGGCGUUUGUUCCGUCGCCGGUUUCGGGCUCUCUGGUCGGGAAAACCGUGCCAUACGACGACAAUUACCACACCAUUCGGUACACGGGUCCACCGAAGAAGGAAAAAAUCACUGCCUGGCUGACAAAACUGAACACCGUCGUCCGGGAAUCAAAGCACGACAAGAGCAACACCGGAAGAAGAAGCGGAAGGACGGAAUUCUGAUGAGAGCAGAAACGCCGAGGGGUGUCCUCCGGGGGUUGUGUGCUUGCACCGUGUCGAAAGCGCUGCCAGCGAUGCCACGAUGCACAAAAUACAAUACAUAGAUUUAG